CACUUGACAAACCUUUCAACCUUUAGCAAAAGUCUAAAGCAAUGUAAAGAGAACCCCCCCCCGCCGCGCCGAAAAGCUCAGUCACACAGCAACAUCAACUCCAACCAUAUACUCAAUCACUUCACACCCUCAACCCACCCACCAUGCCCUCUAUAAUCGACGGCAGCCUCUCCCACCGUGCCUACACCACCCGGGAAUCCGCAACCCGAAUAACACACAUCCUCCACAACCCCUCCCUCCUCACGCCCCGCGAGGUCGUGCUGGGGAUCUACCUCCUCUACAUAAGCUACUGCACAGCUCUCACCCUCCGGAGCAUCGGAUACCUCGUCUUCGAGGCGGACGGGCGUGAGAUGUGGUGCCCGGCGGACCCGCCUGUACCGGAAUGGUAUCCGCCUGGGUGGAAGGUGGAGCUGAGUCGAUGGGAUUGCUUCCGGAUACUGAGGUGGAUGGUGAUUAGGAGGGUUUGGGUUUUGGGGUAUGAGGUUUUUGCGUGGGGUGUUUUGGGGGCGUUGGUGUCGUUUGCGGUUGAGGAGGGAUUGAGAUGGCUUCGAGGGUGAGUGAGGUUGGUGAUGUGUGGGCGGGUGUAUGGAUUGAGUUGAGGGUGGUGGGCGCGAUGUUGAUGUGGGUUAGGCAGCGAGCGACUUUGAAGUUUGAGGGUUUGGAUGGGGACUCUGGAGAGCCUGGCUCACGAUGAGAAUGGUAAUGUUUUGACGUAGCAAGUCGGAUGAGGAGCGACGAGUG